UUCCAGAAGAAAAGGAUAACCUCUUAACUCAACAACUCCGGCGACCCUCAGGUCUAUUGAACGGCUCUACUCCCAUAUCUACUCCUCGUACAACCCCCAACAGAAGUGUUUCUCCUCUUCCUCGCUACAGGGAGACCAACCCAACAGAAUUCCGAGCCAGUAGAAUCAGAGCUGCACCUCCAAAAUUUUACGCCUACCCCCACAACAGAGUAGCAGAAGAAGGGGAGACAGUUAGAUUUCAGUGUGCAAUUGCAGGCCACCCAGAUCCCUGGGUGACGUGGGAGAAGGACGGGGUAGUUGUUACCCCUUCAGCUAGGUUGAGGAUGUCUGAAAGAGAAGAUCUGAGAACUUUGGAAAUAGAAGAAGUCACUACCAGUGAUUCGGGCGUUUACAAAAUCAUACUCGAAAACGAUGUUGGUAGAGUGGAGACAUCUGCUAAGCUAGACGUUAUAGGUCAUAGAGUACCUUCAUCUAGAGGUAUCAGAGCUCGCAGUUUGUCACCAAGAACAGCCCCAAUCUACCCCAGGAAUAUCAUCAGUGGUUCUGCCAGAUUAGGAAGUAGGGCAAGGCUUUAUUGUGAUAUCCGCGCCACACCUAUGCCGAACCUCAGAUGGUUCAAAGAUGGCGCACUUCUGGAAGAUUCAGAAAAAUACUGCAACUCUUACGAUGGAUCAGUUGCUGCAAUUGAAAUCGAAACCGUAUCUAUAAAUGAUGCUGGUUUAUAUACCUGCAUUGCUGAAAAUGAGAAUGGAUGUGCUGAAACUCAUGCCUUUCUUGAGGUAUACGAGGAGGAUCCUGUUCCACCUGAAAUCCUGAAGAGUCUGGAUAAAAACAUAGUAGCAGUCGAAGGUAAUCCUGUCACUUUGAGAGUAGAGGCCAUUGGAACGCCGCCCUUUGACGUUGUUUGGAUGAAGGAUGGCUGUAUUCUGCCUGAUUGUCAAGAUUUCAGACAGGGUGUUUCUAACGAUGGAAUUUUCACGCUAGCCCUACCAGAUGCUUACCCACAGGACUCUGGAGACUAUAGAUGUGAGAUUUACAAUUCAUGCGGAGAUUCAUUCUCUACUUGCCACUUAACAGUUCUAGGUAAGAUUUUAUUUUUUUUAAUACGAAAUAGUUCAAGACCUGUAUUUGAAAAAAAACAUCAGGGAUGA